AUGCCAAUGUGCGACCGACUGCGGCCAAGAAUACUAACUCUCACAGACGACCAGGGGACACGGUCCGAACUUCGCAGGCAGCUGGCUGACAUGUUCCAGGAGGCAGAUGCGCACAGCACCGCGCUACUAAAUGUGAUCGUGAGACUGAUGCCGGAGGAGCUACAGCAGCACUUGCAGCUGAUCGGCGAGGGCGACGGGGGCGUGCCCGACGGGUACAUGGACACGCUCCCGCGCGUGCCCAAAAAGCGGCUGGCUGAGGGCGACAACUGCGCGAUCUGCUGCUGCGGGUACCUGGAGGACGAGUACCCACUGGUGGUGGAGCUGCCCAACUGUGGGCACACAUUCGAUCUGCAGUGCGUGUCGGUGUGGCUGUCGCGCAGCACUACGUGCCCGAUGUGCCGGAGCGACGUGCUGGUGCGCAAGCCGGAGAUCGACGGCUCCGCGGCGGAGCUGGAGGAGGACUGGGGGAUGUACGGCUAG